AUGGUACCCAGACCGGACCUCAAAGCAUCGGACCAAGUCAUUCUCGAGCCACCCAAGGAUCGAACCCUGCGAUUUAGAGAAGAUGGAACAUUUCAGAUUGGAGUCUUUGAGGACUUGCAUUUUGCCGAGGACGAGGAAAAGGAUGAGAAAUCCAAAGAAGUGAUGUCAAACAUCCUCUCAGAGGAAGACAUCGACUUUGUCGUCAUAAACGGCGACCUAAACCCAAAAAGCAGACUCGAGCAAAUAUAUCGACUCCGUCGUCUCCCCCUCGUCGACCAGGGGUAUAGCUGGGCAUCGACCUACGGCAACCAUGACAGUGAGGUUAAUCUCAACCCAAAAGAUGACAUGUUCAAGGCCGAGCACAAGUACCCCAACAGCUUGACGCAGAGUAGAGUCUCCGGCGAGAAGGCCGGAAUAACGAAUUAUUACCUACCGGUCUUUUCACACGGACAAUCGAAUACAAGCACACCGGUGCUGCUACUGUGGUUCUUCGAUUCGAAAGGUGGACAUUAUUAUAAAAAGGAAGGAGAGGGCGGGCCUCCUAUUAAGAGACCCAGUUGGAUUGAUGAAUCGGUUGUUGACUGGUUCAAAGAAACCAAUUCUGAAUUGAAAGAGGAGUAUGGCAAAGUCAUCCCUUCGCUAGCAUUCUACCACAUUCCCGCCCACGCGAUGCUCGAAUACCAACAAACAAAAGGCAUAAAUCGACAUCUGACGCCUGGCGUGAAUCGCGAACGCGUGAACCCGCAAGGAACCGGCGACUGGAGAUAUGAUGGCCAGGACCUUAAGUUUAUGCACGCGCUCCUUCACACCGAAGGCUUAAUCGCAGGAUUUAGUGGCCACGAUCACCAAAAUGACUGGUGCUUUAAAUGGGACGGUUCCCUCGUUGAUCACGAUCUACCUGGGAAUGGUAUCAAUAUGUGCUAUGGCCGGCAUACAGGGUAUGGCGGCUACGGUGAUCUGCUUCGCGGUGGGCGGCAGAUCUUACUCCACGAGGGAAAUCUUGAAGAUGACACCGAGACUUGGAUUCGAUUGGAAGAUGGGUCGGCCCAAGCUCGUGUUAGGUUGAAUACAACUUAUGGCCAGGAUCCUUACCGUGCUGUUGCUAAUGGGGUUGGAAAGACCGAGUCCUAUACGCAGGGCUCUUUGCUUCCUUUGUCUUGGUUAUGGGUUCCAAUUAUAAUGCUCUCGCGGUGGAGGGUGUAA